UCUGUUCACCCAUCAAUAAUUGUGACCAAGAAUAUUGUACAACUAAAACUAACCAGAGAUGUCGGAGAUGUGAAGGAUUGGUAGCAGAUAAAUCGUGGCAGCGAGCUUAUAUUAUAUCGACGGAUAAACGAUUGUGUAAAAAGGCGUGUUCAUGGAGACCAGACAGUAGAUGUUAUCCUGGUACAUGUAGAGAUGAGCUGUUUUCAAAUUGUGAUUGUUCUGAUGGCUUUGCUGGAACUCACUGUAAUAGAAUUACUGCUAUCCCUGAUAUUCUUUACAAUCAAGUAACGCUAACUGCUGAUAAUGGUGAAACUGUUGAUGCUCCUG